AAAAAAGAAAAAACAGAUCUAAAAGCUUUUCUUUCUUCCUUCUUAUGUAGAGUAGUGAAAGAAAGAAACUGAAAUCGGCAUAGCCACCCCCAGCUUUCUCCCGUCCCUUACUCUCUCUAUACUUAUCAUUUCUAUUCUAGAGAGAGAAACAACAAUAACUAAAGUUGAUCAGCGUACAGAGAGAGGAAAAAAGAACAAGCAAGAAAUGUAAUGAUUGGUUUUUUUUUGUUCUAUACGAUUUUGUGUAAAAACUCAUAACAAGUGAAGGUCAAAGUAAUCAAAAUCAAUGGCUGAGAACGAAGCAUCAUCAUCAGCAUCAUUGUCAAGGGCUCCGAUGCGGCCCACUAUUACUUUACCACCGCGUGCUUCAGUGGAAAAUUUGUUUAUGGGCGGGCCGGGUGGUAUCAGCCCGGGUCCGAUGACCCUUGUUUCCAGCUUCUUCUCUGAUCCGGCAUCGGAGUACCCUUCCUUCUCCCAGCUCCUCGCCGGCGCUAUGGCAUCUCCGGCGGAUUUUUCCGGUCAACGACAGGGUUUUCCCCCUCCACCAGAGACGACAGUUUCUAUUUCAAAGGGAAAAGAGUCCGGUAGUGGGGAUAUGGAUUUUGGGUUCAAGCAGAACCGGCCGUCCGGUCUGGUGAUUACUCAAUCGCCCAUGUUUACUAUACCGCCGGGAUUGAGUCCGGCCGGUUUGCUGGGUUCGCCUUUGUUGUUCUCACCUGGCCAGGGCCCUUUUGGAAUGUCACAUCAGCAAGUCCUUGCUCAAGUUACAGCUCAGGCAGCACAUCCUCAGUCUCAAAUGCACAUUCAACCUGACUAUCCGUCUUCUUCAGCAGCGCCCGCACCGUCCUUUUCACAGUUCCAGUCCCUAACCUCAAAUGCCACAGCAAACCAACAGAUACUGCCUCCUGCAUCAGAUCCUAAUGUUAUGAAAGAAGCAUCUGAAGUCUCUCUGUCUGAUCAGAGGUCAGAACCUGUUUCCUCUGCUGUUGAUAAACCUGCUGAUGACGGUUACAACUGGCGUAAGUAUGGGCAGAAGCAUGUCAAGGGAAGUGAAUAUCCUCGUAGUUAUUACAAGUGUACACAUCCAAAUUGUCCAGUCAAGAAGAAGGUUGAGCGGUCUCUUGAUGGCCAAGUAACUGAGAUUAUCUAUAAGGGCCAGCACAAUCAUCAGCCGCCUCAAUCUAGUAAACGCUCGAAAGAGAGUGGAAAUCCAAAUGGAAACUAUAAUCUUCAGGGGCCAUCUGAACUCAGCUCUGAGGGUGUGGCAGGAACUCUGAACAACUCCAAGGAUAGCAUGCCUUCCUAUUCAUUAAGAAUGAAGGAUCAAGAAUCCAGCCAAGCUACACAUGACCAAGUCUCCGGAUCAAGUGAGGGUGAGGAAGUGGGUGAUGCUGAGACUAUAGCUGAUGGAAAUGAUGAACGUGAAUCUAAGCGAAGGGCCAUAGAAGUACAGACUUCAGAAGCAGCUUCUUCUGCUUCUCACCGGACAGUUGCAGAACCUAGGAUCAUUGUUCAAACAACAAGCGAAGUUGAUCUUUUGGACGAUGGUUAUAGAUGGCGGAAGUAUGGCCAGAAAGUUGUAAAAGGAAACCCUUAUCCAAGAAGCUAUUACAAAUGUACCAGCCAGGGAUGUAAUGUACGGAAACAUGUGGAAAGGGCCCCGAGUGAUCCAAAAGCUGUCAUAACAACAUAUGAGGGCAAACAUAAUCAUGACGUGCCUGCAGCUAGGAACAGUAGCCACAACACCGCAAAUAAUUCUGUGUCGCAGAUGAGGCCACACAACCCCGUAGUUGAUAAACAGGAUGCAACUAGAAGAACAGGCUUCUCGAACAAUGAACAGCAACCUAUAGAACUGCUACGGUUCAAAGAAGAACAGGUUACAUGAUUUUUUGAGCUUCAGUCUUGCAAGGAAUGAGAGAGGAGUCCACUGAAAAACUUUUGCCAAACUUGUCUCAAGAUGGAUCUAUUCCGUGCAUUUGAAGUCAUAAUGUUGGUUCACUCACCCAAAGUUAAAUGAAGGAAACAUGGUAUAUAAGUUUGUUGAUACCAAAAAUGAUAGGUGAGCAAGGAGUGGAUUGAAUAUACAUUGUCAAUUUUCUCAAGAAGGGCAUAGAGUAGUAUAUUAUUUGUAUUCUUUCUGUAAAUGCUCUUGUAUAACAUGUUUUGGCUUUUUAUGGCGGCACAAACAUGGUUGAUGAUUGAUAUACAUGGUUGCAGUUGGUGUUAACCCCUU